ACUACUCUUUACCCAAAGGAAAAAAAAGGACAAUAUAACCCACACAAAAAACCAUUCCCAAUUCGAACCCACAAAUCCACGAUGUAUGCGGUUCAUCAAAUCUCAUCUCCCCAAGAACGCUAAACUUAAAUUUUCAUUCCCAAUUCGAUCCCCCAAUCGAAAAUUUUAAGGGCUCCUUGCAAUCCAAAAUCGCCGAGUUUCCUUCAAUCCAAAAUCGCUGAGUUUCCUUCAAUCCAAAAUUUGUAGAGUUCAUUUGCGGUUUCGCGGUUCUUCUUGUUAAGUUGUGCUGAAAUUUGCGUUUUACAGGUUUAUCAAUUAGGAAUUUGCGAUUUGAAAGGGGAUGCAGUCCAAGAGAAUUUUCAAGGAGCUCAAGGAGAAAGAUCCUCCUACUUCUCGGACUGAUGGAACAUCCUGAUGUUGAUACUUUGAGAGCAACUGGCUGUCCAAUCUAUAAACAAUUGUGCAUAAUAUUCUCAGAAUCUGGUAAAAGUCAAAACAGAAAUGGAUAUGUUGAGAAGCAGGGAGGAGGGUUAGAUCCUGUGAGUAACAUUACAGAGGACUGCUCAACAGAAUCAGAAGGAGUGGCUUGUGUGGGGAAUGAGAAAGAGAAGUCUCCUCCAUGUGUAGAUAACCCUCAAUCAGUCAACCGGAAGAGAGGAAGGAAGGGGCUUGAGGAUUUGAUGGCGGAUGCUAUUUCCGAGAUGGCAGCUGCAUCAAGAAUGAGGGCAGAAAUAAUUCAGCAACGCAAUCAGAUAUUUACCAUAUCCAAGUGUGUAACUGCUUUGGAUGAGUUGCAGGGCAUUGAUGAAAAGAGUUUAGACACAUUGUAUCAAGAUGAAGGUGGUGGCGUUGGUGAGCGGUGGGAAAGACAGUUGUUAUGCCAUGAUGCAAUGCAUCCAUUACGGCCAUGAGAUUGUGGCCUUGGCUAAUUUGAUGCAUGCGGAUGAUUCGAUUGAUGAAUUGGAUAGCUUUAUGUAUCAAACUGUAAGUUUCCUCUUUGUUUUUUUGCUUAGAUUUUCUUUUGUAUUGUGACUUUAGGCAUGGUAGGAGAACUGUUCUUCAUUUUGACUAUGAAAAAUACGCAUUGAGUUACUUUAUUUCUUCUUCUGUUCCCUCUAUUAUAGUUUGUCUUCUCUUCUAAUUUCAUCAUCUCCCCUUUCCGCACCUUAUAUCUGAAUUCUUCCGUUUUCCUUGGAUUGACUGGAUUACUCUCCUUCCCUUUUCUGGUUAAUUUGUGUGUGCGCGCUAUGUGAAUUGUGAAUUGUGAGGCGCCCAAAGCCUUGGUAAAAAUGUCAGCUAGUUGCUGAAUUGUACGCACAUGAGUGGUUGUAAUAAUCCCUGAUGUCAAGAGCUCACGAACAAAAAAUGACAAUCAAAAUUAGGAUCUUAAACCCUAGGCUGUGAUACCAUGAUAAAAUAAGAGAGAGUAGGAGAGAAUUAUAUUUUGUGUGUAUUUCGUUACUUCUAUAUAUGUGAGUACAAAGCUUUAUAUACUAGAGCUAAAAUACAUGAUGACCUAGUGUAUAUAAUAAGCAAACUAAUUACAAAGCUUCAAGGUAAAAGCCCAAGCUACAACAUAAGUUGUACGCCGCUAUGAUGGGCUUUUCCCAUACACUGCACUCGUAGCUCCAAUAGACCCAAAACAGUAAGAUUGAUGGCUGAAAAGAGGGAGUAAAGAAAGAAGAAGGAUGAUUAAGGAAGAACAAGUGAGAUAUGACUAAUGCUAUUCGAGUUGAUUAAUCACCAAUUUCGAGAUGAAUGUUACUCUCCCAAUUACAACUAUCUGACUACUUUCCACAAUUCUCAACAUGCCUUCUCUCUCCCUAAUCUUCUCUAUUUAUGGAACAUCUUAUUCGAAUCUUCGCUGCAUAUAUCUGGAUUUUUCUUGUAUCAUGUAAUUGAAAUAUUCCUCUUUUUACUACUAAAUGAUCCUUCUCAUUUUGGGAUGAUGAUUUUCUUCUGUUUCUUUAAGUUAUGUCGUUUAAAAGUUAAGUUUUUUUUGGUUUUGUUU